AUGUCGAAACCAUCUGCAGAUGCAGGCAAUCAACUGCUUCGAUUCGGCGGUCUUGCCGACUGUGUCGUCGUGUGCGGUGACACAGAGUUCAAUGUGCGCAAAGAUAUCAUUUGUCGCGGAUCUCCUGUGCUGAAGCAAUUCUGUGAGGAAGGCCUUCAGCAAUUUGGUGCUAUCCGUCUGGCGUUCGCCGACUAUGAUUUGCCCACUGUGUCACGAGUAUUUCUCUACCUCUAUACGGGGAACUACGAUGAUGGAAUGUAUCCCAACUUUGGUCGCAAUACUAAGUCGAUUGCCAGCUCGCCAGGUCAAGAGAGUAUCCAUCUGCAGCGGCAUGACGGCAAGCGAUCAGACAACAAGGACCCUACUGGUGACCCACAGCCAGUCUUUUCACGUAAUGUUAAUGCUCUGGUCGAAAGUAACCUGAAAGUCCAUCUUUGUGCGAAGGCCCUUCAGAUCAAGUCAUUGGAGGCUCUUGCCCUGGUGAAACUCGAGUCCCGUUGUCUCAACGAUCUUGAUCCAGCAGAUAUUGCAUCAAUAAUCAGCUACGUCUAUGAGCAUAGCACGCACGAAGACCUCGAAUUACGAACCAUGGUUAUGCGUAGCUGUACAAAGAACAUAGUUCUCGUCAUGCGCGAUGCAGAGAUCGUGUCCCUACUGAAGAAGUACGAACCUUUGGCAUCGAACUUACUCGAGGAGACAUGGGCUUAUGUUACCCAACAAUCAAUAACGGAGGAAAGGUCAAGGAAAGAAAAUGAAACAGCAAUUGUAAAGUUGGAAGCGGAGUGCCAGGAGCUGAGGAAGGAGAAAGAAUCUGCCACAACAUCGCUUGUCAAAUACAAGGGACCCAAUCUAGAGUUGAAAUCACAAGUCCUGAGCUUGAAAGCUGGGACGGCGUCCCUAGCCUCUCAGAACGACUCCAUGCGGAAGAAGAUCUCGAGUAUGACCUGCGAAAAAUCGAUUCUACUGGACGAACAAGUAGCGUUGAGGAAAAAACUCAGGUGGGAGAAUGGCAUAUCGCGAAAUCAGCAGCACAAUCUUCAGCAAAAGAUCUCGAGCCUACAAAACAAACUUGACAAUGCAAACUCAAGGCUCCGGGACGCCGACCCUGCCAAUCAUGCAUUGGGGAGGGUAAGGGGGGAGAAUGAAUCACUCAGAAAAGAGGUUAAAUGGCUCCGGCGCAUGCUCGAACAUGCACAAAGGUUGGUCAAAGACACCACUGAAUGUAGGCAUUGUGACACAGCGUUUUGGGCGCUGUUGAAGGUCGAUCUACACAAAGAUGAUGUUUAUGUCAAGUGUGGAAGCUGUGGGCAAAAGCAUUAG